CUCCCCAAGCAGGCGGCGGCCGGAGAGCAUCGAAUCGCGCCGUCGUCUUGUCAGUUUCUCUCCUCCGCUCGGCAGUCCGCCUCCGCCCUCGCCCCCCACAGUCUCUGCUGCUGCGCUCCCUCUCCCCCCUCCCUCCUCCUCCUGCUCUUCAAGAGUCAAACAAACCCGUUAAUGGAGACCUCCCUGCGCCUGCGCGGCGGCGGCGGCCUCCGCAUCCACGCCAAGGAGAAGCUUCCCCUCGGCUACAACUCCCUAAUACAGGCUCAUGGGGAGAUCGACGCAAGCACCGCCGGAGCUGCUGCCCCAAGCUACCUUGCUCUCUUUGUCAGGCAAUUCUACCCCCAGCUCUCAGCCAACGCCGGAGUUGGCGUCCACUUGCACAAAGGCGAUGACCUCACCUACAACCUUCGCGCCAAGAAGGCCCUCCCCUUCACAUCGAAUGGCUUGCUAGGACUAAACCUCAAGGGCCGCCUGCUUACCGACAGAGAGUUCAAGCCGAAGAAGAGAACUGGGGCCGUCGAAUUGGCCUGGACCAUACUUGACUUGAGGAAAGGCCAAGAUGUCAGGCUCAAACUUGGCUAUGAAUUCUAUGACAAGGUACCUUAUCUCCAGCUUAGAGAAAACAAUUGGACACUGAAUGCUUAUAUGGAUGGGAAGUGGGAUGUUAGAUUUGAUAUGUGAUCCGAAGCCACUCCUCUAUGGUGAUUGUUUAGGCUCUUAGUGAGUGGUAUCGUUUCUACUUGUUUGUACUGCCCCAGAAAAUGCAUUCAUCCAUUAUUUAUGAGAACGAGAAACUAUUUCAUCUA